AUGCUGAAACACCGCGAUUACGUCUUGGCAGGAAAACACAUCGCUAAAGCGCGCUCUAGAAAGCGGGCAAGAUCGCCAGACAGCUCGGAAGAGGAAGAAGAUCUCGUCGAAGGAAACAUCGUCACUCCUGGACAGACCUCGGCCAGAGAGGAGCAAGAAUUCAAAGAAUUUUUGGAGCAACAGGCAGCCGAGCAGCAGCGAGCAGAAGAAAAGGCUAGAAAAGAAAAAGAAAGAAAAAAGCUGGAAAGUCAAAAACAAGCAGUCCCGAAAGCGUUUUUGGAAGCAGACGCGCCAGACGUGAAGAAAGUCAAACUUGACCCGAAGAACACAGGCGAAUUGAAGAGCUACGAACGACUCGUCAUGGAAAAAGAACAUCCCUGCAUGACAAUCCCAAACGUCCUCAGCGAAUUCUGA